UAUGUCCCCCCCCGCAACCAGGCUCCAGCAAUGCCUGUGAGAAGACCUCCUUUGCCUUCCUGCGCCAGGAGCUGCCCGUCCGCCUCUCCAACAUCAUGAAGGAGAUCAACCUCCUGCCCGACCGCGUCCUGCGCACCCCCUCCGUCCAGCUGGUCCAGAGCUGGUACGUCCAGAGCCUGCUGGACAUCAUGGAGUUCCUCGACAGGGACCCUGAGGACCAGGCCACCCUCGGACAAUUCACGGACGCUUUGGUCACCAUCCGGAACCGGCACAACGACGUGGUGCCCACCAUGGCGCAGGGGGUCAUUGAGUACAAGGAGGCCUAUGGGGACGACCCCGUCUCCAACCAGAACAUCCAGUACUUCCUCGACCGCUUCUACCUGAGCCGUAUCUCCAUCCGCAUGCUCAUCAACCAGCACAGUGAGCGGCCUUGGGGGGCCCCCUGCCGCUGCACCCCCGUGUCCCAACUGUCCCCGUCAGCCCUCGGCAUCCCUGGGGAUGCCUACAACAUGGCCAAGCUCCUGUGUGACAAGUACUACAUGUCCUCACCCGACCUGGAGAUCGAGGAGGUGAACGCGAGCAACUCCCAGCAGCCCAUCAGCAUUGUCUACGUCCCCUCCCACCUCUACCACAUGCUCUUCGAGCUCUUCAAGAACGCCAUGCGAGCCACCGUGGAGAGCCACGAGAACAGCCCGCGCCUGCCGGCCAUCAAGGUGAUGGUGGCCCUGGGCCAGGAGGACCUCUCCAUCAAGAUGAGUGACCGGGGAAUGGGUGUCCCCCUGAGGAAGAUCGAGCGCCUCUUCAGCUACAUGUACUCCACGGCUCCCACCCCACAGCUGGGCACCGGGGGGACCCCCCUGGCCGGCUUUGGCUACGGAUUGCCCAUCUCCCGCCUCUACGCCAAGUACUUCCAGGGGGACCUGCAGCUCUUCUCUAUGGAGGGCUUCGGCACUGAUGCUGUCAUCUACCUAAAGGCCCUGUCCACGGACUCGGUGGAGCGGUUGCCGGUCUACAACAAGUCGGCGUGGCGGCACUACCAGGCCAGCCAGGAGGCAGGGGACUGGUGUGUCCCCAGCACCGAGCCCAAGAACACCUCCACUUACCGUGUCCCCUAGGGCCACCCCCCUCCCCGGGGGGUUCGCUGACCUCCCCCCCCCAGGCUGUCAAUAGCUCCUGGGACCCCCCACCCCGGGUGUCCCCCAUCACCCCGGGGUGGUGUUUGAUGCCAGCGUGGUGUUUUAGCAUCCCCGUUCUGCGUCCUGCUGCCGUGGGCUCACCAGGAAGCGUGUGAAAUGUGGGGUGGGGUCCCAGUGGGGUGGGGGGGUCCCAGCACCCCCCACACACACACUUUGGUGGCACUUAGGUACGUAGCUGGGGCUGGCGUUGGAGCGGCACGGAGGGGAUAGAGCCCCCGUUGCGUGUCCCCUCCUCAACCGUGACACCCACCCCAGGGGUAUCAGGGGGACUGGUCCUUCCCCAGUAUGACCAGUAGCACCUCCCUGUGCUCCCCCCAGCCCUGACAGGGUGGAGGGACUGGUCCUGAGACCCCCCCACCCCCCCCAGCUCCCUGCGUUGUCCCUGGUAUUGCACUACUGAGUUGUUCUCACCUGCGUGUGCCCCCCUCCA